UUUUAAACCCGGGCCGGUGCCUCUGUUGUGCAAUACAUCUCAACGCCGGAUCUCUGUACUCGGCUCUAUCAUCAGCCGCAAAACUACUCGUACGAAACACGGGAACCGCCGUCAUGCGCAUGUGGGAAAAGGGAGUGAGUGAAAUGCAUUGUGGCUGCUCGAUAACGGCGGUUUAUCCUCGCCAACUUGGCGGAGUUGGACAUGGGAAAUCCAGUCCAGUCCACACAAUACCCCAGACCUGGGCACGCCUGUCGUGAUGGAUGAUGAUAAGGGAUGGAAGGGCCGUGCUUCUGCGAGGAUUCUGGAACUCGCGCGAAUGCAUGCAUGUGAACCUGGUGGUGCCCCCUUGUUCCCUUGACAGCUCCCCACCACACGAUAACUCCAAGGGCAGGGCAGGGCAGGGCUGCAGGCAAUGUAUUUGCGUGCCUGGUUGUGAGAUGGGCCUCAACAUGUCAUGUCAGUAUGGAGUAAACCUCGCACAAUUCGAUCACUUGGUUUGACAGGAGGCGCUUUGAUUUCGAUUUCGAUGUCGAUUUCGAUAGUGCUUAUACUGACUGCACUACGUAGUAUGUCAUCUAGUGAGCAUAUUGUCAGACUGUUUACACAAAGAAAGUCAUGUGGCAUUGCAGAUCAAAGUGUAUAUAGUACACAUUCGGACAACGCUAUUCACAAGAUGCCAAGGCCUUAUUCAAAGUGUGCCUCGAUUCUCUUAUCCUUGAUGAGCUCGCUUGUGCUUGUCCCAGGAAAUUGCCCCAUCAGAUAUUGAUUGAUCAGAUCAGUUGGUUGCAAACGAAGAAGAUCAUGUGGGUCUCACAAGGAGCUCCAAGUCCGCUCUGCCUCACGCAAGAAUAUCUGUCCUACAGAAUUUAGCGAUGCAGCCUCUCAGGGAGAAAAUCGAAUAUCGUCUGAUAUCUUGUUUUUGCUUUGUCUUUUGGAUGGGUACAAACGGAGCUAUUCGAUAAAACGAGUUAGUAAAAAAUACAACGA